AUCAUGCAAUUCUUAUUCCUGCCUUGGACAAACUUCAAUCUGAACUGGUUGUGAUUUAGUCCAAAUUGUCGGCAACCUAAAAUAGGGUUCAACUCAAUUGGCUUAGACAUGCUAAUAAAUAAAGUGGAGAAGACUUGGAGUGAACCCAAUUAAGGACCAAAAUGCAAGUUUUUUUUUUCCACUAGUCAUUGCUCAAUAUUCAUCUUUAGAUGAAAUAUCGUUUUCAAAAACUAUGGUUUAGAGGACUGAAAAGCUCGUGUGUGGACUCUGGCCGCUCAAAUAGGCCCUUGGUUGACCUGUUGUUUGAGGACUUAGACUUAGUCCUGACAUGCACUAAGCAUAUACGCAUUUACCUGACAACCCUUUGCGUUUCUGGAAGGAACUAAUGUUUUAUCCUUCAAACAUGAAUGUAAGGAAGCAUGGAGACAAUGCUAUGAGUCUAGGAAAAGAGGCAAUCCCAGGAUGUGUCCAUUCAUAUUAUAUAACUAUUUUCUAUUUCGAUUCAUGCUUCUAUUUGCCUAGGAUGAUAGCAGGGUGAGUUGGAUUCUAAUUUCGACUCAUGCAUCAUGCUCAAACAUUUGAGUUAGAUUCCGUUAGUGACUACAAGUAAAUAGUCUUUCUUAUAGUUCAAUUCUAAUUUAAAAUACUAAUUCAUAUCCAUUAGUUCAUAAUAUCAACGAUCCUGAUAAAACUGUUACCGCAAUUUAAAACCUUACACACUUGCCAUUGACAGAACAUGAGGAUUGAGGACUAACAAAAUAGAUACUCUUAUAUUCCUGUCUAAAACCUGUCAAUGCCUGUACAAAAGAAUUUGACACAAACUUCUAAAGGUGUGUUUGUAUUCACAUUUCUUUCUGUUUCGACGUAAAUGCCUUUUGAGAGUGGGAUUUCCAUUAAAUGUGCAUUGGAAACUGGGAAAUUAGAAAACCGAACACACUCUAAAAAGAAAAAGUUCUUACCACGCAAGAUAUUGUGGAAAUUUUCAGCAGCCGUUAUAGUCAGGUUUCAUGUUUUUUAGCUAACACAGAAAGUCACAACACUGAAACCGUGAGUUCCAUGGUGUAAGGCUCAUUCUCCUCUUCACUUUUCAGAUACAGAAAAAAAAAAAAAAAAACCAAGAUCUUGAAAACUACUUGUGGCAAGGCUUUGACUACCCUUCUGAUACACUUUUACCAGGAAUGAAGCUGGGUUGGGACUUAUGAACUGGCCUCAUGCGACGCGUAUCAGCUUGGAAGAACUGGGAUGAUUCAUCACCUGGGGAUUUUACUUGGGGUAUAUCUCUUGAAGGAUUUCCUCAAGUGAUUAUGUGGAAGGGAUCAAAGGAGUUUUAUCAUGGCGGUCAUUGGAGUGGUCUUGGAUUCAGUGGUGCCCUGGAAUUGAAGGCGAAUCCAGUUUUCGAGUUCAAGUUUGUUUCCAACGAGGAUGAGGUGUACUACACAUACAGCCUCAGGAAUGAGUCUUUGGUUUCAAGGAUUGUUAUGAACCAAACCAUUUCCACUCGCCAAAGGUACAUAUGGAUUGAGAAGGCUCAAAGUUGGAGGCUUUAUGCAUCUGUGCCUAGAGAUAACUGUGACUUCUACAAUCUUUGUGGAUCAAAUGGGAAUCGUGUAAUAGGUGAUUCUCCUGUGUGCCACUGUUUAAGUGGGUUUAGACCGACCGGGGAACUGGGACAUUAUGGACUGGACUCAAGGGUGUUUUCUCACUGAAAAAUGGAACUGUGAGGAAAGGAGGAAACAUGGGUUUGCCAAACUUAGUGGCCUGAAAGCUCCAGAUACUUCACAUUCUUGGGUCAAUGAGAGUAUGAGUCUCAAUGAGUGCAGGGAAAAAGGCUUGGAGAAUUGCUCAUGUAAAGCAUAUGCAAAUUCAGAUGUUAGAGGAGGAGGGAGUGGUUGUUUGAUGAGGUUUGGUGAUCUCUGGGAUAUAAGAGUUUUUGGGUGGUGGUCGGGAUCUAUAUGUUAGAACUAAAAUUUCAGAAUCAGGUAAGGUCUUGACUUGAUAACUCUGAAGUCAUUGAUUAUGUAUUGACUCAUUCAGGAUGCAAAAUGAUUUAGUUUUACUUUAUUUGCUCUGCUUUGUCAUAACUUCUUAGUAGUUUUCAAUGAGUCAUAACUGAGUCUGCUCCCUCAUUUCUGUAUAAAACAUGAAGCUGUAAUAGAAAAAACAUAGGUUGAAGGUGGUGGCAAUAAUCCUCAUCGUUGCCUCAGUUCUCACAAUCAUUCUGGUUUUGUAAAAUGUUGGCAAGAGAAUGAAAAAGUGCAGAGGUAGCUUUCUUACUCUUGUAUUCAUUUCAAGGACUUGCCAGUGAUAUACAUAAUAAGAAUAUCAAUUUUUUGUGUUUAGUGAAUGUACUUAUAAUUUUACAUAUUGCUGUUAUUAUUAUUUGGUGGCCCGGGUGUUAAAGCCAUUACAUGACAUGUUCCCCCACCUUGACAUAUUUACAAUCAAAUCACAAUGCACAGGUGUAGCUAGUCCAGCUCUUGUUAAUAGUAAUAUGCAAGAGCCUUACCAGUCUAAACAUCCAUUCUCAUAUUUUCCUUCAUUUUUUUUCGUCUUUUGGUGGUUGUAAAUUUUAAGUUGAUGCUACAAACAAUAUAGUGUAAUUUGUUCUUGUGGUUUGUUGUCAAUUGUCAAUAACGAGCACAGCAAGAAGCAUAUAUUCUCAAUUCUAUCAAUGGACUAAAACCUCAAAUGACUCGGCAUUUUUCUAAAGAAAAAAUUCUGUUAAUGUGCCGGUGCUGUAAUUUAAUGGCAUGUUAUUAUGUCUUUUAAGCAUGUGAAACAGGUAACAACUUGAUGGUAGAGAACAAUGAAGAAAACGUGAAAGAAGACCUUGAACUUCCUUUAGUUGACCUUGCUGCAAUUGUCAAAGCUACUGAUGGCUUCUCAAUUAACAAUAAGCUGGGAGAAGGUGGAUUUGGGGCUGUAUACAUGGGUACCCUAGACGAUGGACAUGAAAUUGCUGUGAAGAGGCUCUCACAAAGUUCUGGACAAGGCUUUAAUGAAUUUAAGAAUGAAGUCAUAUUGAUUGCCAAACUUCAGAAUCGGAACCUAGUCAAGUUUCUUGGUCGUUGCAUUGAAGGAGAGGAGAAGAUGGUUAUAUAUGAAUACAUGCCUAACAAAAGCCUAGAAUUCUUUAUCUUUGGUUAUGAUCUCUUCACAUCUUAUGCAAUUUAAUUUCCAUUUUCUUGUAGAAUUUUCUAAUGGCAAAAUAGGCAAACGCAAUAAAAAACUUAAUAAUAGAGAAAUAGAUAGUGAAAAUAAAUAAAUUCUCCCAAACUUGCAAGAGAACUUGUGAGAAACACCAAUAAAGUAUAGAGCGCAAGAUAAAAAUUAAAAAAACAGAGACACAAUUUGUUUAAUGAGGAAAACCCCUAAAUACAAGGAUAAAAAUCACGGGUCGUCCAGACCAAAUAAAUAACUCCACUGUAAUCAAUGAAGAUACAAGAUAACAAGUGCACUAAAAUGUGCUACAAACAGUCAAAUCAAAACAAACCUCUCAUUGGUAUAAUAGAGACAAGAAGAUAAAAUUCCAAAAUAUAGAACAGAUCAUGCGCGUAGAACAUGCUGCCCAAAAAUAAGUCCAAUCCAACGGUGAACGAAUCCGCAGUUGCAAUCUGAAAAAAACGCUCUCUAGUGGAUAUGCGAAAAUCACAAUGAUUUUCCCUCUCCUUCUUUCUCUCUCAAUGAUUUGUGUUUUUUCCUCUCAAAUGAGUCUCUCUCACUAUAUUUCACUCUCUAAUAUGAUCCUUCUCCACUUAAAUAAGUGAGAUAUAUGGACAUUCUCAUUUAGACCUUUAUUCCACAUAGGAAGGAACCUAACAAAAUCCAACAUUUUCCUCCUCUAUUUUCUCCUUCACAUUACCCUUUUCUGUCUUUUUUUUCCGAUUACUUCCAUGUUUCCUGGGAUUGAGUUAGCAAUAUUGUUAAUUUAGCAGAUCAUGCAAAAGGGAACGUUUUAGAUUGGCCUAAGCGCUUCAACAUUAUUUGUGGAAUUGCACGAGGACUUCUGUAUCUUCAUCAAGAUUCUAGGUUGAGGAUAAUACAGAGACCUUAAAGCAAGUAAUGUCCUACUUGACCAUGAGUUCAACCCAAAUUAUCAGACUUUUGCAUGGCUAGAACUUUUUGGGGAGAUCAGAUCGAAGGAAACACAAGGAGGGUGGUAGGAACAUACGGUUAUAUGGCAUCUGAAUAUGCCAUUUAUGGUCUAUUCUCAGUGAAAUCUGAUGUCUUCAGCUUUGGUGUACUAAUGCUGGAGAUAGUAAGUGGAAAGAAGAAUAGGGGAUUUUCCCAUUCAAACAACGGCAUAAACCUUAUUGGACAAGGAUGGAGAUUUUGGAGAGAAAGCAGACCUCUGGACUUGAUUGAUUCAUGCAUGGAGAAUUCAUCGGUUCUAUUGGAAGCAUUGUGUUGCAUCCAUAUUGGUCUUCUAUGUGUCCAACAGAAUCCUGAGGAUAGACCAAGUAUGUCAACUGUGGUAGUGAUGUUGAGCAGUGAGAGUGCCUUGCCUCAACCUAAGGAGCCUCCUUUCUUUUUGAAGAAUGACAAAUUUUGUCUUGAAGCAGAUUCCUCUACCAAGCACAAGUUUUCUUCCACCAAUGAUAUAAGUGUUACCAUGUUAGAGCCUCGGUAGAGGACCAUUUAGUAUUUACCUCACUACAACUAAUAGAUUCUGGAGCUUUAGCACUAUACUAUGAUGCACAUUAUGGAAUUUAGAUGCAAAAAUUGUCUGUCAUUGGAGAAGUGUGUCAGUGCUUUGAUUUCUGAUAUAAUUAGACUAUUAGUGAAUCCGACUAAGCUUACUGAUCAAAUUCAUCUGUUCCAUUCAUUUCUUUUUUCAAUUACCUUAAGAAAUAUAAACUCCAAAGAUCUUUGAAGAG